AUGUAUUUGUGGUGUCAACAGAAAGGGAAAAAUCCCCAAAGGUGUUUUGGGAUAAAAGGAAGCUUUUCAGAAUUCUCUGAUAGUGAUAUAUUAUCAAAGGUCAGGACAUUGUAUGGCGUGUAUGAACCUUACAUAGUGGAUAAGUGGAGAGGAGAGUUGGGAGACGUCUGUGCUAUACUUAUAGAAACUGGAAAAGACCUAGAUGCUAGUUUAAUUCCCAGUAGGAUAAUAGCAGACGAAGACUCAGGAAGAAAAUGGGAUAUUCUUUGGCCUAGUCAUAGUCCGAGUGGCAGAGAAAAGGAUGAUGCUCCCAGUGCUCACAACCCCAAAAUGUCAUCAAUAGACGAAGUGGAUAGUGCUCCAAAAUCCAAAGAUAAAGAAGGGAGUGAUGCAAUGUCAAAAAAUAGUGAAGACCGAUUAGGGGGCCAGUUUGAGUCCAUAAUGGAUCGUGUCGUCACUCAGCUUGAGAGGUGGCAUUACGAAGGGAGCUAUAGGAGAUUACGCAUAUUUUCUGGAAUCCAGCCAAUACCUCAAGGGGAGGAAACUUAUGAAUCCUGGAAGGAAGCGGCUAAACAACAGACUGAGGAGUGGCAAUGUCCGGACCACAUAAAAAGACAACGAGUGGUAGAGAGUUUACGGGGACCUGUGAUGGGUGUAAUACAAGCUGCCCAGCGGAGUAACCCGAAUGCAACUCUUGAAACCUAUUUUGAAGCUCUUGACUAUGCUUACGGAACUCUUGAAGAUGUAGGGGGUUUAGUCUCGAGAAUACAUCACACUUUCCAGGAUUCGGGAGAAAAAUUAAGCACUUUUUUAUACAGAUUAGACAGAUUGUUGUAUAAGAUAGUAGAUAAAGAAGGACUGCAGAAAACAGAGGUGGAUGCAAGUAGGAUGAAACAACUAUUGAGAGGUGCAUUGACUGCAGACCCUGUAGCACAGAAAUUACGUUGUACUGAGACUCGUAUAAUUCCUCCUAGUUUUAAUGAUCUAAUGAAAGAGAUAAAGCAAGAAGAGACUUUGAUUGAGAUGAGAGAACGAACCAUAAAAAAGGUAAAAGUGGUGUUUCCUACUAUAGAAUCUUAA